GAGAGGGGGUUGAGGGACAGAGAGAGGGGAGUAAAGAGAAGGGGAUACGGGGAAAAAGAUAGGGAUUAGAGGGAAGGGAUAGAGAGAAGUGGGAGAUAGAGGUACAGAGAGAUGGGGAGGAUAGAGUUGGAGGGACAAAGAGUAAGAGCGGACAGGUAGAGGGGGGAAGUGGGAAGCAGGGACAGAGAAGGUGAUAGAACAAAAGCGGGAUUGAAGCACGUGGAAACAGAGAGAAAGGAGCGGAUAAAGCAAGAGGGUAGGAAAGAGGUGGAGAAAGAGACAAUGACAGGGAAAGAGAUACAGACAGGAACAGAGUGAAAUGGAGAUGAGAGAGUGCCAGUGAGAAAAAGGAUGGAUAGAGAGCAGUGGAGGAUUAGAAGAGAAAUAGGAUAGAAAUAGAGACAACGAAAGAGCUGGGGGAAGAGAGAAAUAGGAGGGGUACAGAGACAGUCAAAUAAAAGGAGAAGGAGGCAAUAGAAAGAGAAAGGUAGAGAAGGAUCAAAAGAGGGGAAGAUAGCCAAGGGUGGGUGGGAAAGAGUGACAAAGAAACAGGGAAAGUGAGAGAGGGAAAAGGUUAGAUAGUGAGGGUGGUUCUGGUUUGGGGGAUGGGAGCUUUGCUCAGCCUCCCUCUGGGCCUGGAGGAUGAGGAACAAAAAAGUCUAGAGCUAAAUCGUGAAACAGGAGUCAGAUUGGGAACAGCAGGAAGACCUGAAAAAAGGCAAACAGCAGAAUUCAAGCCUGGAGCCAGAGCUAGAUUGGUAUGUGGAACUGUGGCAAGAGCUUCACCUGGAGCAAGAGCUAGGUCAAGAUUUGAAUCUGCAUCAAUAUUCACACCUGGACUGGGUCCACAGUCGGGAUUCACAGGUGAUGCAGCAAUGGGAGCGGAAUUUGGAACCAGAUUGGGAGCUGGAUCCAAUCGAGGAAUUGAUGCCAGAGCAGAUGAUGGACUUGUAGCAGGACAGGAAGCUGGCUUCAAAUUUGGACUGCAAGCAGGAGUAGGACUUGGAACAGGAGUUAGGGUGCGGCCUGUGGUAUAUGCUGGAUUCCAGGCGGGAGCUGAACCUGGAGCAGGAGCUGGACUCCACCUCAGAACAGGAGUGGGACUUGGGUCUGAAUCUAUACUUGGAGUGGGAGCUGGAUUUGCCCUGGGUCCAGGAAUUGGAGCGAGAGCAGGCCGGAGGCAAGCCAGGGGUCGGGAACGGAGACCCUACAGCAGGAGGGUGUUCAGGAAUCGUACAUCAUACCUGAACCUGAGUGAGGAGCAGUGUGUGCAGAGACUGGGUUUCAGCAGGGAGGCUGUGACUGAACUGUGUCAGUUAGUCCAGGACCAACUCCAACCACGCACCAGAGCCUGGACUGCACUGCCUGUGGCUGUCAAGGUGACUGUGGCCCUAAAUUUCUAUACCACAGGGUCAUUUCAGGCAGCCAGUGGUCUCAUUAAUGACAUCACCCAGUACGCCAUCCACUGCUGCAUCAGGGAUGUAACAGAAGUGUUGUACUCAAAGAGGAACCAAUUCAUCAGCUUUCCCAUGGAGACAGAGAGCCAGGAAGAGCGGGCACUAGGUUUCUGUCGGAUAGCAGGCUUCCCUCGGGUACAGGGUGUACUGGACUGUGCACAUGUGGCCUUGCGUGCUCCGUAUGAUGACCCAGGUGUCUACGUUAACAGGAGGGGCUUCCAUUCUCUCAAGGUGCAACUGGUGUGUGACCACCAACAGCGUGUGAUGCAGGUCUGCUCCCGAUUUCCUGGUAGUUCUCGCCAUUCCUUCAUCCUGGAGCAUUCCUCUGUGCCACCACUCUUCCAACCUGAGCAGCAUGUAUUGGGCUGGCUACUGGGUGGUGCUAGUUAUCCUCUGACCAGCUGGAUAAUGACCCCCAUCAGGAAGGCCCACACCCUGUGUGAGCAGCGUUACAAUCAGAGCCAUGCUUCCACCCUGGCCACAGUCACACAGACCAUUGCACUCCUUAAGCGCAGGUUCCGCUGUCUGUCCAAAUCAGGAGGGAACCUGCAGUACAGCCCCGAACGUGUCUCCAAAUUCAUUGUUGUCUGCUGCAUGCUCCAUAACUUCGCCCUGCAAAGGGGACAGAUGUUGGCAGCAUCAGGGGAGAUGGACGUGUGGGAGGAAGAGGAGGAGCAGGUGGAUGAAGAUUCAUCAGAUCUCACUGCUGCCACUGCCCUUCGUCAGAAAAUCAUCGAAGAGGCCUUCAGCUAAAUACUGUCUUCCAUUUUGAGUGAAGAUCCAGUGAGCACUCUUGUUUGUUAAAGGGCCCCUGCAUAUCGGGGUCUCAAAGACCAAGAGCCUCAACUACUCCUAGGGUGUGAUUGACUAGGGACUGCUAGGUCAAAAGGCUUUGGACUCCCAGUGUCAUUUGACCAACAAUCAGACCAGGCCCAAGCCCAAGCCCAGCAAUUCUGGCUAUUCGGAAGAGGUGCAAGAAGGAUUAAACGAACUGAGCAGCAGUAUUCUGUAAAUUGUUAAAUUAUUUGGGAUUUAACAUCUGCUUAUGUGAUCUGAUGGUGAGAUGAUCAACAACUUUCUCAGAUUCUAGAUAUUGGAGCAAUAUACCUGGAACGCGGAAAAGUCCACUAAUAAGCAAAAGUCCUGGGCCUUUUCAGAGAAACCUGUGGUCUUAGAGCCAAGCAAAAAAAAAAUUCUUAGUUUGAAAUAAAAAUGUGUGUCAUGUAAUUGUUUGAUAAACUGUUCUUAGUGUGUUUAUUGUGCUCCCUGCCUUGCUUCAGUCAGUGAAAUAUUGAGUAAAUGGACAAUAUGAUAUACAAAUUCUGAGAAUGCAAGACAGACUAGAUGUAGUAGUUGUCUCUAUUAGCCACAGAGCUCCAGAACUAGAUGAGGGGCUAGUUUAUCAUUUACAGUUGAACUGAGGAGCAGUUUCUACACCCAGAGGGUUGUGAACAUAAAAACAUAGAAAUUAGAAGCAGGGGCCAUUCAGCCGCUCAAGCCUGCUCCAGCAAUCAAUAUGAUCAUGGCUGAUCAUCCACCACCAUACCCUGUUCCCAUUUUCCCUCUAUAUCCUUUGAUCCCAUUAGCACCAAGAACCAAGUCUAAGUACUUCUUGAAAUCAUACAACGUUUCGGCCUUGACCACUUUCUGUAGUCGUGAAUUCCACAGGCUCACCACUCUCUGGGUGAAGACAUUUCUCCUCACCUCAGCCCUAAAUGGUCUACUCCAUCUCCUUAGACUGUGACCCCUCGGUUCUGGACUCCCCUGUCAUUGGAAACAUCCUUCCUGUGUUUACCCCGUCUAGUCCUGUGAAGAGGUUAAUGGGUUUAAGGUUCCUCCCCUGCAAAAUAUUCUCAACUACAUUGAAUAUAAUUCCAAUCAAAUUAGUUGCCUUUCUGUCCCUGAAUGCUCAACCAGUCAGUAUUUUUAAGAGUGAAAACAAGAUGUUUGGGCUCUCAGCGAACCAAGGGAUAUGGUGUGUGGCAGGAAAAUGGAGCUGAGGUUAUGAAUUGAAUCUGAUUUUUAUCAAGACUGAACAAGUCCAAGGAUCCCUCUGGGUCUGUACAUAUUCUUCUCUACUGUUCUUAUUUGUACUGACAGAUUACUGGCCGAAUCUAUCCUAAAGAAAUGGAAUCUGACAGUAUCCAACUGUGUCACUUGGGCCUACAUGUGUGACAGUGGCUUUAAGAGAUGUAUUUUGGACAAUGUCAAAUUUUAGAGAAAGAUAGAGCGGAUGAGUUGGCUAGAUAGCAUUUGGAAGUAGCACAGCAUGUGACUGAACCAGAAACAAGACAAGAAACCAAAACAAUUGUAAUUUUGCUGGUGGAGAUCAAAUAUUAGUGUUAUUCCUAAUGCUAGGUGAACUGUUAAAGGCAAGGUUUUGUGGGCUUUAUUAAAUCAAAAGGAAAUUGAGUGUCGUGAACUAUUUGGUAAGAUCAUAGAAUAGGAAGAAAUCUCAAUGUGUUGUGAAUAUGCUCAAACGGUGUUUUGAUAGGGAAGGAAAACAAGAGGAGAAUACUGGUUACAAAACAGUGAAGAGCCUGGUUCAGAGGAUUCUGAAUUAGACACUCCUCAAUUUAAAUUGGACAAUGAGGAAGUUCUCAAAAAUUGGGAUAAAUUAUUGAGUUACCUUCUAGCAGAAAAUUGAAAUGUGCUAGAAGAUUUAUUACAACCACAUGGGAAGAUAUAUGGGUAUAAGCUAGGAAGUACCAAUUUAGUUACACAUGACAUAGAUAUAAGAAAUACUGUCAUGAUUUAACCCUCUAAAGUUGGCACACGUUCAAAAGGAGAUUUGAACGUAUGCUGAAAGACAUUAUAAUAGAAGUCAGUUGCAGUAAAUGGAGCUCACCUGUAAUACUUACAAAACCAGAUGGUACUUAGCAAUUAUCACAAAGUCAGUGAAGUUCCAAAAGCUGUUUCAUAUCCUUUCUCACUUUUGGAAUAUGUAUUGAGAAGGUGGGACAAACAACUUAUAAUUUCAAAUUUGGACUUAGAGGAUACUGACAGGUACCUUUAUUUAAAAAAGUGAAGGGUAUUCUGUCCUUUUUAAAACUGAAUGGGCUGUACCAUUUUAAAGUGAUGCUAUUUGGUAUGAAAAAUAUGCCAGCCUCAUUUCAAAUACCAACCAAUAAAGUCAUUUCGGAAUUACCCAAUUGUGUGGUGUACAUCAACGAUCUGGUGAUUUUCAGUCACACACAGAAAGAACAUUUGGAGCAUCUAUCAGAAUUAUUUGAUUGACUUUGGGAAGCAAGCUUGGUGAUAAACCUGGCUAAGAGUGAAUUUGUCAAAGCCCAAGUCAGGUUCCUGGGCCAUGUUAUUGGACAUGGACAGAUGGUCCCACAGAUUGUGAAAACAAUAGUAUUGGGGAGUUUCCCAUAACAUCAAUAAUGAUGGAAAGUCUACAAUUCCUGGGAAUGAAUUUUUAUUCUGUCGGCAGUUUGUACUGAAUUUUAGCAGUGUGGUUGGUCCACUCACUGUCUUGUUGAAGAAGUGCUGAAAAUUUUAGUGGACGGAGGAUUGUCAGUAGACAUUGACAGUCUGAAAGCUGUGUUAACCACUGCCCCAGUAUCAGCCACACCUAAUUACACAAAGCCAUUCAAGGUGACUAUUGAUGGGACUGUCGGUGCUACAAUCUCAUAAGAAAAUGAGAAGAUGAAAAGAUCUAUUGGGAAAUUUUUCCAGAAAAUUAAAUAAUCAACAGAAAUAUUCCAUGAUUGAGAAGGAGACCUUGAGCUUGGUGUUGACGUUAUAACAUUUCAAUGUUUAUAUUACCAGUAAUGUGUCUGUGAGAAUUGUAUAUACUGAACAUAAUCCAUUAAAAGUUUUGAGAAAAUUUGAGAAUUAAAAA